ACGUCAUCAAAAAAGGACAGCGGGCUAUCUCGCAAUCGUAAACAAAAGGACAUUUUAACCUUGCAGUUUUUCUACUCCUGGAAAGUCUCUCCGCACAUAGACCUUUGCGUAAACAGCUGUCGACAUUGUCAUAAUAUUACAGGGCGAAAACAUGGUGGAUAUACGCACAGCUGUACCAUCAGAGUCCUUAAAUAAAAGCUCCUCCGAUUAUGAACCUGUGAUUACAUUAAUAAACAAGAAGCACCAGCCCAAUGAGACCCAGUGUAAAAAUAGCCGGAAUAUCACUAGACACGAUUCAGAUGACACUUCAGAUGAUGAACCCUUGACAAAGUUGGAGAGACUUCCCAGACCUAAAAAAGCCACUGUACAAGCAAAGGGGCAAGGGACUACUUAUAUCAAAAGAGGUAAUGGCAUCCAAAAGACAAAGAAAAAGAUCGCAGGUUCAACCCAGGAUGAGGACUCUUAUGACAGCUCAGACAAUGAACCCUUGAUAAAGAUGGUUAAACAGACAUCGUUGCCAUUCAAAAAGAGACCCUUCAACACAGCCAGAGAGGUUAACGAUGUGAAGGGCAGAAAUAACGUCCAGAACACUCAUAACAUAUGCACAGACUCAUCAGGUGACAGCUCCGAUAAUGUGCCACUGAUCAAGAUGGUAGAAAAGCUGAAGACACAAACCCGAACAAAGUCACUCCCUACAACAGCCAGAGAAACACCCAAAUCCUCCGAUGACAGCACAGAGGAUGAACCAUUGAUUAAUCUAACCAGGUCUCCAUCUAAAGACACUGUGAGGACAAUACUGGAGAGCUGUGUUGCUAAAGGAUCCAACAGCAACAACUGUAGUCAAAGAAAAGGCAAAACCAGCAGAGAGGAAGAGGUGAAUUCUGAUUCUGAUGACGAGCCCUUAAUAAGCCUAGUUAAAAAGCCUCUUAAAACUGUAAAGAAGACCACGGCACCAGCGAAGAAGAGUGUGCCAGGAAAGACAAACAAAGCAGUCAACAGAUGGAGCACCAACAUUGUUCAAAGCAUAAGUGAAGGGGACAAUAAUUUUUCAGCACAUGUCGAAGCAUGGAUUUAAAACCAUCCAAAAUACACCCUAGAAGAUUAGGUUAGGUUGAGUCUUGUUAUGCAACGGUUGAUUUGUAUUGCUUUAUCAGGGUCUUUGGAUAAUAGAUUAGAUGAUGAGCUGUUGAUCAAGAAGAUGGUGAGGAAUCCAUCAAUGAAGACCCUGAUGGUUAUUCUGGAGAGGUGUGAAACUAAAGAAGCCUUGGAAGAUUACUAUAGAGCCAAUGUGGGAAACGUUGGCGAAAGAAGUGCAGGUAAGAAUUCCACUUAUUGUAUAUUUCCCUUCCCAUUUGGAUUAUCUUUGACAUAGUCGAGAGCUGCACUGUGAUAAAUCACAUUGGAAUCUGUCAGUGUCUACCUAUUAUGCAGUACUCAUAGGCUUUUAGUGUAUUUAUUUGGAAGAGGAGAACUCUGAUGAUUAACUCUUGUUGAAGAUGGUCACAAAUCCCCCUCAUUCUUCAGCAGAAGCUAUGGCAGAGAAGAGAAAUCAGUCACAAGACUGCUCUGACGGUGAACCUUUGAUAAAGAUGGUUGGAAACCCAGAGUCAUGAUUAUGGACUUGUAUAGAUACUGGAAUAGUACUUCAUUUUAGGAUUUUUUUUAUUUUUACCUUUAUUUAACUAGGCAAGUCAAAUUCUUAUUUUCAAUGACGGCCUAGGAACAGUAGGUUAACUGCCUGUUCAGGGGCAGAACGGCAUAUGUGUACCUUGUCAUCUCAGGGGUUUGAACUUGCAACCUUCUGGUUACUAGUCCAACACUAACCACAAUGCAUUACAGCAUUCAGUAACAAACUUGUCGGAGUUACUGACACAACCACUUUUUUUCUUGCUUGAGUUUUCUGUGUUAUGGUGAAAAUGAAUGUGUGUUGUCGAACUAUUAGGUGAUUUAGGAUAACUAUUUUCAUUUUUUAACCUGUGUUUUUCAAACGUAUUUAUUUUUGUAUCAUGUUUACCACAUGGACGCUCGUGGUAGCAUGUUUUAUAGUAUAUUUAUGGCCUGAUUAUUUUUAAUUGUUGCCAAUUAUGGGUCUCCAGCUUAAUGAAUUAGAGUACAUUUGUGAUUAAUAGGGAGGAGUCAGGUACUCAAUUUCUUUUGACUGGAAUGUACCAUCAAAUAGGGAGCAGUACUAUUCAUUUUCAAACACUGAAACUGUAAUGUGCUUGUCACAGUCCACACGUAAUUUUGUGAAAUUGCGUUAUAAAAAAAUAUUAAUGAAUUGUUUUCACAAUUUUAAUUAAAGAACAGAAGUUUCCCA